UAUACCUAUUUUUGAAAAACCCCAUCCAAGAGUCACUGUACUAGAUUGGACUCGAAAUAUUCAAAGACUUCAGAAUGAGGCCAGGGUGCGUAGGUUUGAUUCGUACGAAUUGAGACAGAGGGCGAAUCAGCUUCGUAAUGAAACAUCCGUUACUACCUAUUGGGAUAACUACAUGAACAAUGAUCUAUUGAGGGACAGGAUAUUCGAAGUGCAAUCAUGGAGGGAGAAACAGAGAUUUACAAGUGAAUGUGUACGAGAUGAAAUUAGAGUUUUAAGAGAAGAAAAGAACUCUACGGAGCUACUUUUAGAACAUUUGCAGGUGCCGUUGAUGGUUGUGUCUCAAUGUCUCUCAAAUAGGGACCAAAGAGUACCUUCAGAAUUAACUACAGAUCAAUUAGGAGAAGAAUUAAGAAAGGAACUCCAUAUAAUCGAGAACAGUAAACGCGUCUUAACGGACGUUUGUCACAUGGGCUGGGAGAAGAUCAAUGAGUUACAGAAUGUUUUCUGUAGACUGGAACGUGAGAUACAGAAUAAGGACGAAACGUUGCAACUGGAAUACAAUGUUAAAGAUUUGAAUAGAGAAUGUUCCAAUAUUUCCUACCAAUUGGACCCUACAAGAAUUCCGGCCGAAUCAAUGUCUGAAGAGAGCUACGUGUACUGCAUAGAAAAUACAAUAAAAAUCGCCAACCAAUUGAUGACAGAAUCCAAAGAGCUAAGAGAGACAAUGUUUAAAAGCCGGGAACAAGCCAAGAACCAGAUGUACGCACAGUCACAAGAAGUCGAGAUGUUCAUGAGGAGACGCGUCUACGAUAUACAAAGGGCUAGGAAUGAAAUGGAAUGGCAGAAGACUAAGCUGGAAUCAAACUUACGAAAGGUAGACAGAGAGAUAGAGUGUCUGCGAGCGGCGGUCGCGGACAAAAUAAAUCCGACAAAGUUAGUGGAAACAAGAUUGGAAAUGCGCACGCGCAGACCGGUACUCGAAAGGGUUCAGGAUAUACCGAUGCGCGGAUUGAUAGAAGAAUAUGAACGGGUCCAUACGAGUUCUAAUUUGUUGGAGAAAAAACUGGAAGAUGCAUUGACGACAUACCACGGAAUGUACAAUCACUACCAGCGAGUGGUCAAGGACUUGGAGUACAAGAACCAGGCGCUGGAGACGGACAGACGGCUCAUAGAGAUACGCCAGCCGCUGCACGGACCCAACGAAACAGAGCUCAAACGCAACGUCGGUUACUGCCGUCUAGCAGAUGAAUUGAUACCCGAAUGAACACUAUAUUCCGGAAAUCUUUAUGGUUUAGUGUUGCCCUUUGACAAAAUUUUUACAUUUUUACAUUAGACAGAAUUGUUUUACGAAAUUGUAGAGGUAGGAUAAGAUAGCUGCAAUUUCAUUUGUUUGUAAAAGCUUAAAUUGGACAAAACACAAAAUCGGUUUUAUCUAGUGGAUCCGGUAAUGGAUAAAAAAUAAAACGCCAUUAUCAUUUAAGAAUUUACAUUUUUUUAAUA